GGACCGUUAUAAUGUAGGCUGUSGAUCAAUGUUUCGAUUAGGCUACAGCUAAGAAACCCAUUUUGGCCAUACGAUUGUUUAAGCUAUGUUAUAAUUUCUGGCAUUUAUUUCAGCAUCACAACAUGAAGACGGAGGCGUUGGUUUUACCAAACCUCCAAGCAGCACCCGGUUUGAACCGGUUUGGGUGAUGCGCGAACUCGUGGUACUCCCCCCUCUUGACAUGCAGUGUAUCAUAGCAUCCGCGCGCCCUCGUUGGUCACACCCCUAUGUCACCCCUUAAGUCACGCAUUCUCAUCCGCACACAUGCCUUGCGAGCCUCCGCAGCAUCAGCAUCCUGAUUGGACAAUAACCCCGGGUGCGUUCGUUCUCGUCCGGCGCCCCGGGGUUCAUUUUAGAACCAAUCCAAUUGUCUAAAAUACACGAWCUCGGCCCAUUCAGUGUCCUGAGCGAGCUAAAACGAACGCACCUAUUAAUGCACCCGUUGGUUUACAAGCUGCGAUUGGUCGGUAAAAUGACAUACACUCGAUUAUCAUUCUCCAUCUGUUUUCGGGGAACGCYGACAAUUUUGUUGUAAACGAGGCGCGUGCUUGAAGAAAAACGCAGAACUGGAAAUAAACGUGCACCUUUUCAGCACCCGAUCCUCCUGGAUAGCCGUACAGGUCCAUUCCGCCAACAGCUAAUCAAUCAGACCAAACAAGCGUGGAUAUACAAGCAGCAUCCGUCUUUUCUUCGAUAAUCAUACAACUACCACAAUUGUGUUAUUCAGCCAAGCGGCUGCCGCGUUCACUGGAUAGCAGGCCUAGCUGUUGAGUUCGAUGAGCGGAGGAUUCGAAGCAAUACUGCACAAGCUUUGUUUGCCCUAAAGGGCUGCAAGUGCAAGGAGCCAUAGCUAAUACUGCUACAAGUAUUGUUUGUAGAAGAUAAUACAUGCUGAUAUAGAUGAGAAACGCCCUUAUAAACAUUGUAGUAGAGUUACACAGCUUUUGUCUUGUGGUGCUUAUGAUUCAGCGGGAUGUUGGAUCGGAUGGGACCAGGAAUAACGGCCUGCAAAUGAAGGGACGCAAGUAGAAAUCGAGUAAUUGAUCGACUCCAUUUAAACGAACAGACUCAAUCGUGGUAUUUGCUUUUUURCCCCCACAUCUUUAUUAUUCCCUUCGCUCUGACCAGGAUCCUGCUCUCUCGCUCGCCCGCCGCCCCCUCGGUCACAGCUGUGUAUUAACUACAAUUUUUUUAAUCGGCACGACACAGUUCGAUAUAAACAUGUGUUCUCGAGUUUGGUUUGUGACCGACCGACGUAUCCACCAGGAGUAUCCGCAAGUUCAGAUCCUUCGGGCUCUGAAACAGCGAUGCUCCGAGGAGGAUGUUGAAUUCCGCUCUCUUCUCAUGGACCAAAUCGUGCUCACCAUCAGCGAGGGACAAUUAGGUCUGCGGGUKGAGCAGGAGGUGGUGACAUCCUACCCUCAGGUGGCGGUGGUGCGAGUCCCCACCCCSUGGGUGCAGUCGGACAGUGACAUCACGGUGCUACGCCACCUGGAAAAGAUGGGCUGCCGGCUGGUCAACCGGCCCCAGGCCAURCUCAACUGCGUCAACAAGUUCUGGACCUUCCAGGAGCUGGCCGGCCAUGGGGUCCCACUCCCUGACACCUUCUCCUACGGAGGACACGAGAACUUCCGCAAGAUGAUUGAUGAAGCGGAACCGCUGGGCUACCCUGUGGUGGUGAAGAACGCACGUGGUCACAGAGGAAAGGCAGUGUUCCUGGCCAGGGACAAGCACCACCUGGCCGACCUGAGCCACCUGAUUCGCCACGACGCUCCCUACCUCUUCCAGGAGUACGUGAAGGAGUCUCACGGCCGCGACGUCCGGGUGGUGCUGGUGGGCGACCGCGUCAUCGGCUCCAUGCUGCGCUGCUCCACCGAUGGACGCAUGCAAAGCAACUGCUCCCUGGGCGGCGUGGGGAUGAUGUGCCCGCUGAGUGAGCAGGGCAAGCAGCUGGCGGUGCAGGUGUCCAACAUCCUUGGCAUGGACGUGUGCGGCAUUGACCUGCUGCAGCUCAACGACGGCUCGUUCGUGGUGUGCGAGGCCAACGCCAARGUGGGCUUCAURGCCUUCGARCAGGCGUGCGGCAUGGACGUGGCYGGCAUCGUGGCRGACRARGCRCUCUCGCUGCUGCCRAGCCGCCUSACYCGCAAGAUGUCGCUGCUCUCGGUGGUGUCCAGUGCCAGCGAGACUAGCAGUGAGCCUGAGGUGUGCCCGGCGCCCAGCAACGUACUGCCCGAGGCCGUGUGCAACAUGAGCGUGGGGUCCACUUCUAGUGAGAGCGACCCCGAGCUGGCCGAUACCACCCCGCAGCCCACGAGCCGCCAAGUUGGCCCCAGCCCGGUCCUGCCCAACCUCCCUGACCCGGCCUACAACUUCAACACCCUCCUCGCCAACGAGAUCAAACUAUUGACUGAGUGAGCUGAAUACAGCCAUGGCACACAUGCACACUUACACACACAGACACACUUACAAACACACACCUGAACACAUGGCAAUGGACAUUCCUGUUACAGAGCACAAACACAAACUCCUAUACACGUUACACAGGCAAAAGCAUGAGCUGAACAAACAAAAAUGAAAUGAAAAAUGCCAUGACCACAGAAACUGACAUUACGAACAGACAUAGACGCACYCGCCUUCUCUUACUAACUCUCCCCAUAAACACAUAGAGAUCUGAGGCUGCUCCCCUGACUCUACUGCCCCUCUCCCCCACUGCGAACAACCCAGUUUUACAACCGCAGGUGGUGGCAGAAGUGGGAUCCAAAAGGUUAGCUGAAUUACUGAAUCUUUUUGUUUUCAAUUGCAUUGUGAGUGUGAGUUGAGUAAGAGUGUUUUUUGGGAGAACCCUAAAGAGCAUUGCAUACAUCAGCACAUAGUCAACCGAAGUUUUAUUUAUUUGCACCAAAGAAAACAAGUGAUGGACAACAAUACAGUUAAAAACACAUUUAAAACAACUGUUCGCAGGUGUGGUUGGAAGCCCAAGGCCUUAUAUGAAAAUCACGCCAGUCUAUCACCCAAUUGAACUGAACACACACUACAAAARUGUAUCUUGGAGAAUGAGAAUGAUGCGUGGUCGUCGUUAUAGAUCAACCACUGAGGAAGUAACCAGGCUUGAUUUACUGGUGGUGAAAUGAAGUGUUUUUCAAGUGAUUUUCUCCAUAACUGGGAGAGGGGUACAUACAGAGGACUAGUUAGACUGCCCACCAGCUCCAUGUAGCAGAGGACAGACCGGGUUCACCGUCACAGGGACUAUUAAGUGCAGAUUGGGGUCAAUUCCAUUUUCUACCUCAGUUAAAUCUGGAAAUGAGAUGAUUGAAAUUGACAAAUAAAAAAAUCGCUGUCACAUUUAAUUCACAUUAAAUUCACGAAUUGUCUGUAAUCAAAAUGGGACUUACCACCCAAUGCUGACAAGGAGCCCCUAAACACGGGAUCAUUAGAAUAACAAAACUGACCUAGCACCAUUGCCUAGAGGCACCUUGUAUAGUAACAACACUACACGAUACCCGCCAAGAGAUUCCAUCUAGAAAUGCAUAAGCAUAGUUGACCCUGAAACUCUAAAAUCGAGCGCUACUGUCACUUGGUUUUCAAGUUAAUGUUUUUAGCGGCUCGUUUUUAUUCGGAUUUUUACAAGAACAAUAGUCAAACGGCGACUCUUUCUCUUCAUCUGAAAUAAAGCACUUUAAGAUAAACCGAUGAAUUGCAUGGUGGAACCACAUACUCGGGAGCAGGUUGACGUUUAUUGUCAUGAGGGUUGUCCUGGAGGCAGAACUGAGUGAUUUCCCCUUAGAUAGACUAGCUGCAAAGUCAAAUUUGUCUAUAUUGUAAAAAUUCAUGAAAACUAAAAUGUGCUUUUUGGUCUCAAUUUAGGAUUAGAGAUGUUAUGAUUUUGUGGCUGUGCUAGCUAGUGACCAUUCUGCAGAGCUGCCUCCAGAACAAUAUUCACGGGACUUGGGAGGCAAGUUGAAUCCGUCUAGAAACAGUGUUCUUGUAGGUGUCACUACACCUACAAGAAAAAUAUACCUCAAUACAGAAAACUUCUCACUGCCAUAGAAUAAACUACUUUGAGUCAUACAUAUCAGCCAGCAUCCUUGUGGUUUCAAGUGAGCCUUGACUUUACAAGAUUUCCCUCCCUUGAUACAUAGGGCGUAGAUAUACUGUAGUCAAGUACAUUCUUUGUAAAUAAUKAUUUUAGAAGUGUUCAUGCUUACUAGUCUCUGGCUGAUAUGAAAACCAUAAGGGCUGAAAUAACUGCUAACUUUCUCAACUUAAACAUUUUGGUAAACUUGUGUAGAAAAGAUUGGUUUGUACAGAACUGCAAUGUCAAAAAUAAAUGUUUUACAAAAAACACGAGUGCUAACGUUUCUGUGGAUUUGGCUAAAUGUGUUUAAUCAGCCCAAUGUUUUGACCGGUGAUGAAUUACUGUUUAUUCAACUCAAGUGAGGUAAACUUCAUAAACCUGUUGUACAAAUAAAAUGCAAAACAAUA